AUGCAUGUGCGCGCACCAGCGGCCCGUGCGGCCGCGGAGGCAAAGCGGCGAGAGGACGCGGACGUGGCUGCUUACAGGGCCGACCCGCUGACCGCCGCAAUAGCGCGCGCUUUGCAGCUGAUCAAAGGCGUCAGCCCAGACGACGCAGAGGGCACGUUCUUGAAACGCUUGGCGGCGGUCAGGGUUGCCGGCCUGCCGCCGCCAUGGGCGGCCGACCCCCGGCUGGCCGAGGCGAUCUCCGCCGCCGCGGCAGGCACCGAGGGCCCACAGCAACCCAGGCCACGACAGCCGUUCAUCGACCCUGGAACUGCGUUUGAGUACGACGUGGCCUGGGGCCUGCUAUAUUCCGAGGACCGUGCCAUGAUGACGCACGUGCCGUUGCGCAAGCUGGCCGGGCGCCCGAGCGACCCCCGCGCGCUGUGCGCGCGCGAAGAGCUGAGGGAGACGGCGUGGAGGACGGCAGGGGCGCUGGGCUUCGAGGCGCUGCGAUUUGCGCUGCCGGAGCUGCGGCAGCUGGUUGCCCUCGCCGCGCCCCGCCUCAUCAACAUGUGGGCCGUGCAGGCAGCGGAGGAACGAGCGGCGGCCCCAGCCAAGGGCCCGCAGCGGCAGGCCCCCCGCCCGGCCCCGCUUCGCAGCGGCGGCGACCACUCCCUCAAUGGCGACUUGGUACUGAACGCGCUGUCGCCCCAGCUUCGGGUGGUGCUGCUGGCUGAGCUGGCGGUGGGGAUCAUGGUGCCGGGCGAGCCUCUCGGUGACCUGUCCACUCCUGAGCACGCGGCCUUGCUGAGCGCCGCGGUUGACGCCCUGGGGGAGCUGGCCGCCCACGAGGCUGAGGGCCGCACGGCGCAGGUGCUGCUGGAAGAGGCGGAAGCGGCUGACAGCGCUGUCAGCACAGGGGACGGCGACCCCUCCGUCGGCCGCUAUUCCACCCGGAUGGACCGCUUGCUGCACUUUUCGGCCGCGCUGCUGCUGCCGCCGCCGCACCUGUUGGUCGAGGAGUGGCUGACGCGGCUGGCAUCGGGCGCGCGCGGGCUCCCCGAGGCGCCGCCGGCGCAGGCUCGGGCCGCGCCGCCCCGCGUGCCGCCCGAGGCGCAGGACGAGGGGCCGCAGUGGCUGUGGGCGCACCGGCUUGCGGCGGCGGCAGAGAGCGAGGAUGCGGCGCGGGUGCGGGCAGCGUUAGUGUGCGCGGCGGUUUGCGGGCUGCGCUGCAGCGCUCUGCUGACGCCCACAGAAUUGCAGGCGGCGCUCCCCCCCACGCUGUCGGCCGCACACAGCGCAGCGGUCGCCGAGCCGGGGGUCAGCGCCGCGCCCUGCGGCGGCGGCAGAGUGUGCAGCAGGCGCGGCAGCGGCAGCGGCGAUGACGAACCCAGCGGCGGCGGCGGCGGCGGCGGCGGCGCAGGGCGGCCAGGCGACGAGCGCGGCACCCCCGGCGACAUUUUGGUGCAACAGAUGGACGCGCUCGUUCGUUCGGUGGCAGCCUCGAUGGACCUGGCCCCGCUUGAAGCCCAAACGGCGGGGGCGCAGCGGUCCCAGGCAAGCGUGGCUCAGCAGGGGCCGGCGGCGGGCGCCAUUGUGGUCCUGGAAGUGGAGCUUCUGUCCGCUGUGCUGCGCGCCCUGUGUCUGCGCUUCCUGCUGCGCCAGCGCGCCCGCAGCGGCGGCGGCGGCCGCGCGUGGCGGGAGCGCGUGCCGGCGCAGCUGCUGGCGCUGCUGGCCGCCGUGGACGAGGCGGGGGCGGCGUUUGGAGUGGCCGCUGAUGCGGCCCGCUGCCCAAAUGCGCUCCGCGCGGCGCACGCGGCUGGCGCGAGGAGCACUGGGGGAUCUAGCUGGCCGGUCCGUGAUCAUUCGUCUCUUAAUGGCGGAAGCAGCGGCGACGCAGCGCAGCAGUCUAGCAAUGAAUGGGGCGGCUCUCCGGCAGAGGGGAGCUGGGGCGGUGCGAGGGGCUUGGCAUCGGCUUGUUGCGAGGGCGGCAACGCAGUGGCGGGGGCGCAGCUGCUGCGCUUCUCUGCGAUGCUGCGUCGCUUCGAAGCAGACAACGCCGCCUGCGACGGCGCGCGGCAGCCGCAGCAGGCCGCCGCCGGAACCAACGCCGCUGCCGCUGACGCCGCGGAGCUGCUCGCGGGGCCGCCCAGCGCGGGCGUCGCCGACCCCGAAUUCAACCCCCUCGCGGCGUUUGGCCCCCUCGACGCCGACGCCGCCGCCCUCCAAGAGAUGUGGCUGGCCCUGGCCGGGCACUGCCUGGAGGAGACCCUGGUGCGCGCCGCGGCUGCAGAGCGCGUCGCCGCGGGCGGCCGGCGCCCCGGCGGGCCGGGCGCGGCGCCGUGGCCCGGGGGCGGCCCGGUGGCGCGCCGGUUGGCGUCUGAGUUCGCCGGCCGCCUCGCCGACGCCGCGCAGCCGGGCGGCGGGCUUUGGAGGCGCGCUCACGCGGUGAGCGGCUGGGCGGCGGACGCCGCGGCGUGCGUGGCGGCGAGCGCCGCGUGGCGGGAGGGGGUCGGCUGCGUGUCAUGGGACAGGCUGGCGGCGGGGGGCGCUGCGGCUGAGGCCUCGAGGUCUGGCAAGGACCCCCUUGUUAAGGGGCCAAGGCACGAGAAGCUGCUGAGCUUGGCGCGGCGGCACGCCGCGGGCUCUGCCGCCGGCUGGGAGGCGGAGGUCGCCUGGGCGGCGCUCGGCGCGCGGGAACGCGCCUCGGACGCGCCCGGCCCGCGCGGGGCGCGUGGGCGCCCGCGGGACGCCACGUGCCCGUUCUGCGCAGCGGACCGGGCGCGGCACGCCGGCGACGGUACCGGAGGCGCCAGCAGCGGCGGCGCCGCCGCUGCCGACGGGGAGUUACAGGAGGACCCCCGCUCGCCCUUUGCGCUGCGCCGCGCGAUGUGGCGGCUCUUCGCCCGGCUCAAGCCCUCCGCGGCCGCGUGGUGGACGGAGCACGCGCGGAUGUGCCCCCACAGCUGCGACACGGACGCGUGGCGGCUGCUGGGGUUCUCGCUGCAGCGCACGCUGGUGCCGCUGCCGCCGCGGCUGCAGCUGCUGGCCGGCACGGUGUCUCACCGGGCCACGUGUCAUGUGCCGUACGCGUACGCCCUCAUUCUGGAGCAGCAGUUUUUGAAGGUGUGGGGGUUUUGGGGCUGA